GCUAGUCGUCUUUUUAUGUACCUCAUCUCUGUAUAUCAAUGUACGUAGCUCGGCAGCCCUCGGCAGGCUUGAAGUUGCCGGUCGUCCAGUUGCUGUGAAUCUGUAUACAGGCAGGCGUGUUUGCAGUUUCUUGCCGAGGAGAAACACACACAUACUGAUUUGAUGGGCAACCCCAUAUCAAACUGACUGACUACCAACUAUUAAGAAGAACAACAACAACAACAAAAAACAACAAAACAACAAAAACGAUGGACGAAUACCUCGAGUCAUCCACUCAGAACAACAGUAGCAGCAGCAGCAGCAGUCAACAGCAAUCGAUCAAAUAUCCAAGAACGACGACAAGAUACACUCAACCCAGUUCACCACCAACGGCACUCAACUCCAGCGUCACCAACUUCGAUCUCAACUCACUCAUCGAACAGAACAACCUCUCCGAAGAUAGCUGUCUGCUCGUAGUCCACAACAAGGUUUACGAUCUCACCCUCUGGCUCCAGGCCCAUCUCUCCUGCAAUCUCGAUCACCAAACUCAAACUCACUCUCACUCUCCAACCUCAACACAUCGAUCAGCCUCCCCUCCCUCACCACCUCCCUCACCCACUCUCCAACGAUCCCAUCACUCUCAGACAGAGACCGAACAACAACCUAAUCAAUUCGAUCAACUCCUCCUGACCGCCAAAUCUGACCCCGUACAGGCUGGCCAUCUCCUACGCUCGAUCUACGACGAACAACCCUUCAAGACCGAUGGAAGUUCACUCCAUGACUGGCUCUCCGACUACCGCAUCGGCGACUUUGCCGCCCAUCCCUCCUCCUCCUCCUCCUCCUUCUCCGCUAUCACUGCUCCCUCUUCAAUCCACCAUUAUCUAGCAAUCGACAAUCCUAAUCCAUACUGGCCAAACCAAAACAUCCAUCAAGGCCCAUCUGGAUCCCUAAGCCCAUCAAGCUCACACACCUCGACCGGUGGAACAUCCACAUCGACCAACACAGGCCGAGCGCCAUCGACGAUCCCAGGCCGAUCGAACCCGCCGAUCGGCAGUUGGCCCUCCCACCUCGAACGAGCCAACGAGCUGGUCAGACUAUCCAAGCAACGCGUCAUGGACGCCCAACGCGGCGUCGGGGUCGCCAACCUGUCCCUGGCCGACGCCUUCGCCCAGCUCGCCGAGGCCGACAAGAUCAAGGACCAUCUCGUCUUGCAGGCCCUGGAGGGCUGCAGACCCAUCUGGCCUGACUGGACCGACAACAAUUCCUCGUGAUCGCCUCUCUUCUUGUUUCUUGCCCCCAUCGCCCCUCUUGACUGGCUUGCGUCCUCUGAGACCAUAUACCCUUACACAACUCCUCCUCCUCCUGUGCUCUUCUUCUUUGUGGGCUGAUAUGUACAUGUGUAUGUAUUCCUCUUCCCACUGGGUAGACUGGGAGACCAGUCAAUAGCUGAUGAUGUACUGAUAACCAUAUAAUCAUAAACCAAACACAUAUAUACAUAUACAUAUAUAUAUAUAUACCUCCAUGUGUUCAUCCCAUAUAUACACACACACACAUCUAUAUACAUAUACAUACUCCAGAGAUUCUUUACGUCCUCGUUUUGACCAGUUAUCUCAAUCACAAAU